AUGAGUGAGAGAGACAUACAAAGCCUGAGCAAAUGGGUUUUCGUGCUCACUCUCUGCCUUACCACGCUGUGGGGAAGACUGACGCUGGCCUCCACCCAUCACAGAAGCCAUUCAGUGCACGUAGAGCCCGGUACGUGCGAAGUCAUUGCAGCUCACAGGUGCUGCAAUAAGAACAAGAUCGAGGAGCGCUCCCAGACAGUGAAAUGCUCCUGCUUCCCGGGGCAGGUGGCAGGGACGACGCGGGCGGCUCCCUCCUGUGUGGAUGCCUCUAUCGUGCUGCAGAAGUGGUGGUGCCAGAUGGAGCCGUGCCUCGACGGGGAGGAGUGCAAGGUUCUGCCCGACCUCUCGGGCUGGAGCUGCAGUAGCGGCAACAAAGUGAAGACAACCAAGGUCACACGAUAG